GUGGUUUCGGGGAGGAGGCGGGCUCUUAGGUCAAACGCGAUAUUUCCAUCUAUCAAAUGCCGCGGUUUCGGAGAUUACACUGUAAUGCUUAAAAAUGUGGAUUCUACAGUGACGUUAGUCAUGGUGUCGUUUAUUUUCUGAGCGGUUGUGUACAAAGAGACCUUUACAAACUUCAAUACUGGACUGACCCACUGUGUGAUGGUGUAAUGUUAUAUGCCGUCCUUUAGUCUCGAAUUUCAUCAAUUUAUUGUAGGCUAGGAUGCACUCUCAAUGUGGAGGUUGCUUUCCAUCUUCUCGUCAACAAACUCUGGUCUCUGGUCAACAAACACAGAGCACAUACCUGGGUGAUAAGAUUGCAUGGACUCAAGUUUCCCGUACUGGGUUUACUCCAUUGUUAUCGGCCAACUGGUUUCUCUAGACAAAGACUACAGAUCAAGGUUCCUGACUUGGCCUCCAGUGUGUACUUUCACAGACAGAGAUGCUGUGAUCAUAGUGACAAGGAGGAACUACUAGAGAGGAGGAGAAGGAGAGGGAGGGAGGAGGUCACCAUGAAAGGCCUGAGUGGCUCCAGAUGCUGCUUCUUCAUGGGUUUCUUAGUGGGAACCCUCAGCCUGUACUUCCUGCGCCAGGUGUGGUUCGAGAUGGGCAUGGAGCCCGCUGUGCUGGGAGAGGGCCAGGACAGCUCAGUAGCAGCGUUGGCGAAGGAGAGACAGGCUAGUGACAGUAAUAACUGGAGGAUGGAAGGAGCAACCCUCAUCAACCUCAACCACCCACACCACACAGGUGAGGACAGUCGCGUGGCAGAUGAGCUGUACCGGAAGGUGCGCAUCCUGUGCUGGGUGAUGACUGGUCCCAGUAACCUGCAGACCAAGGCCCGCCACGUAAAGGCCACCUGGAGCCGCCACUGCAACGUGGUGGUCUUCAUAAGCUCUAUUGACGACCCAGACUUCCCCACAGUGGGGCUCGGCACGGGGGAGGGCCGCGACCAGCUUUACUGGAAGACCAUCCGGGCCUUCCACUACGCCCUGGAGCAUCAUGGGAAUGAUGCCGACUGGUUCCUCAAGGCGGACGACGACACCUUCGUAGUGGUGGACAACCUCCGCUGGGUCCUGUCCAAUCACACGCCCGAGGAGCCCCUCUACUAUGGCAAGCGCUUCAAGCCCUAUGCAAAGCAGGGGUACAUGAGUGGCGGAGCGGGAUAUGUGUUGAGCAAAGAAGCUCUCAGGAGGUUCGUGGAGGGGUUCAAGACCAAGGUGUGUACCCAUACCACCUCUGUGGAGGACUUGGCUCUGGGACAGUGUCUGGAGAAGAUGGGUGUUCGGGCUAUGGACUCGAGGGAUACGCUGCAACGGGAGACGUUUCAUCCGUUUGUUCCCGAGCAUCAUCUGACAGGGAAGUUCUCCAAGAGCUUCUGGUACUGGAGUUACUGCUACUACCCCAUCGUAGAGGGUCCCCGGUGCUGCUCAGACCUGGCAGUAUCCUUUCACUAUGUGGAUCCAGUGCUGAUGUACACACUGGAGUACUGGACCUACCACCUCCGUGCCUACGGCUACAGAUACCGCUACAGACCUCCACUACCCCAGGGCCUGGUGGAGCGACUGGCCCAGACAGAAAGGCCUACAGUGGGUACAGCUGGGGGAGGGAGAACCCCAGCUGGUAUUACUGUUGGUGGUGAUGGAGACCAGUCCAAAGCCGAGUCCGGGGAAAAGCCUUUGUCAGACAAAGGUGGGAAGGAGACAUUGGGUAAAAUCCCCAUUGACAACAACAGGACUGUAGUCACACAGAAGAGACAAGGGUGAUUCUCUCUGUAUGGGUUUACAUGUGUUUUUGGAAUGGGAAUGUGUAGUGUAUGGACCAGGAUGGGGCAAUUCCACUUAAAUUCAGUCAAUUAAAAUUUACUUCCUGAAUUGACUGAAUUGAAGUGGAAUUGACACAUGAAUAAUGAAAUAAUGAAAAUGAAAUUACCCACAUAGUGCACUUAUGGCAAGUUCCACCACAGUGCAGGUUUAAUUGAUUAUGGGGAUUUUAUAUAUAUAUAUAUAUAUAUAUAUAUAUAUAUAUAUAUAUAUAUAUAUAUAUAUAUAUAUAUAUAUAUAUAUAUAUAUAUAUAUAUAUAUAUAUAUAUAUAUAUAUAUAUAUAUAUAUAUAUAUCUUUUAAGUGAGUCUAUAUACUGUAAAUCAUUUAACUUGAAAGUCUUAACUGUUUUUAUUUGAUAUCUGUUGCUAUUUAAUAUGAUAUUCUGUUUGAAUUUAAAUAGUAUCCAGUUACUUACCAUUCAUCUAUAUCCAGUACUAGACAGCUUAUUACAUUAUCGAUUUCCAGUACUUGACAGCUUAUUAGGUGUUAUGCACAUCUCUUUCGUUACGCUUGAUAACUUGGACUGUGAUGCCCUUUGGAAUGUGUAAUGCACCUGUUACUUUUCAGCACAUAGUUUAAAACUUGCAAGGUAUUUGAGGUUUAAAAAGGCUUUUGAAGUUUUUAAUUUCCACUUUGAAAGUUCAGACUUGAUUUUCCCUAACGAAAAAAUUGAUCAACCCCUACAAAAAAGUCCAUUAAUUAUAAUCCACAUAAUAAUUCACAUUUAUUGUUGCUACAGGAUUAUUUUCUUGCUGUAGCAAACUGGCUCAUUAAAAUCCUACAUCUGUAAAUGCUUUGAAUGUCAUGAUGAUUGUAAAAUGGUUGAUAUGGUUGGAAUGACUUGGCUUCUUUCUUAACGGUGGUUUUUAAGCCAUUUACCUUGUUCUCUGGUUUCGUUGUCUUUUUGGGAAGUCGAAGAGAAGAUUUCAUAUCUACCUUAAUUUUCUACACAAAACAUUGACCUGUAUGUUUUUCAGUGGAAUGAAACAAGCUAUUUCGGGUGGGAUUCAAUCCGAUUGCCGGUUAUUGGCAUUGCGGCAUUUAAAGGCAAUUUUGUUUACCGUGAAUGGGAUCUCUGUGAAAGCGGGAACAUUGCUUUUGAAAGCCGCAAUGCCUAUAACCCGUGAUUGUAUUGAAUCCCAGCCUUAGUAUACAUCAUAUUACCUUUUGUACUGUAUACUCUACCAGUAUAAUUGGUGGCAGCUGUGGGAUCCUGUAUUUCUAUAGUCUCUUUUUCCAUUUGAUAAGAUAUCACAGUUGUGAUAUGACAAGAAGUACAAAGAUGGGUUAAAUUCAUAUUUUAAUUUACAACAACAAAAAAAUGUGAUUUAUCUUGAACUUUUGGAGAAAAAGAACCCACUAUGUUAAGGAAAUAGAUCUUAUCAGAUGUGACAGAUUUUUUUGUGACAAUACAUGUUAUAUACAAACUGUAUAGUUAUUAGUUACUAUGACAACCCAUCUGGAACGUUACAGUAAUAUGUAGGUUUGGUCAGUUUAAAUUUCAUUGACGUUUUCGUAAUAUUUUGUUUUGUAAAAUAUAUCGUUGCUCUUCUGUAUUGUAUAAUAAUAUCUCCAAUCUUCUGAAAAGGGGUGUUUCCUUGGCUGGAUGGUAGAGAUGGGUCCAGAUGAAUGUCUUGUCUAUAACCCACGACGAAACCUGGAUCAAAACAGUAACAGUGGAUGUACAGUAUGAUACAUUUAUAAUCAAUAAAGGUUCAUAAAUGUGUUUUUCAAA